AUGAGUCUUCAAAGUAAUGAAAAAUUGCAAAAGAAGUGCAAUGAUGAGCCUUCUGACAAUAAUGAAGAUUGUUGGAAAUGUAAUUCAAGCUGUCACAGCAUGGCCGAGUGUGUUUAUCCAGGAAAUUGUAUUUGUAUGCAUGGUUUAGAAGGUGAUGGAGUCAAUAAUUGUAGUGUCCCAGUUCCUCAUAUUGAUUUCGCCAAGGUUUCCGAGCAGAGUGAAAACUUUCCGCUCUUUGUCACAAUUAAUUAUUCCACUCCCAACAAUUUCACGCCUUCAAAUGGAUAUGGCUUGUUUAGAGAUCGGGUCUUAACUUGUUUUCUUAGCGGAUAUCCAUGGAUUAUAUGUCAAGUUCCAUGGUCAUUUCAUGGAAAAUUUGAUAUUCAGAUAUCUUUUGAUGCCAUUCGAUGGAGUAAUAAGUAUCCAAUAUCAUUUAAGCAAGCUGCUUCACCACAGCCUCUUCCUCCGUUGCGUCUUCAUAGCCCAAUUCCUCGAGAAAAACAUCAAUAUCCAGAAAUUAAGUUUCCAAGAAGCAAAAUCUUGUUAAUUGGAUUAGUUGUUUUAAUAGUAUUCGUUUUAGAUAUGAUUAUUCAUGCUAAAAGAGUUCCAAAGGCCCUAUUACCUGUAUCAAAUUCAAUAAGAUCUACAUUCAACCGGAAAAGUACUCAUUAA